UAUGGGCUCCGAUGCUGACUGGCAAUACAAAUGCGUACCUCAACCCGCCCUAGGAGGCUGAUCCAUUCGAUACCUUCAGGGCAAGGCCCUCGGUGGCUCGCAACCCCGGAUGUGACUGGGCUAGCUUAGUCCCCUCGUACAAGAAGUCAUAUACGCUUAUACCCCCGCCAGAUCAGGCCACGCUAGACCAUCUUGGAAUCGAUUGGAUCAAUGACAAGUAUCGUGGCACUUCGGGCCCUAUUAAAGUAUCCUUCCCAGGCCCGGAAGCUCUAUGCCGAGCACAAAACCGGUCCGUUCACCAUCAGCGGCAUGCAGUCCCACGCCUACAUGCCCACUUCCAACGUCGCUGAGCUGCUCGACAAGUUUCCCCGUGCUCAGGCGGCCAAGGAAGAGGAGUAUUACGACACAGUCCGUUCUAUUCUCGAAAGCCCAGAGAGCAGCUCCACGGCGUGGCUCAUGUUCCUGGCGCAGACAAACCUGCACGAGGGCGGCAAGAGCUUUGUCGGCACACAACUGCUCCCUGAGAAUUUUGCCAGCUUGGGAUGCGCCCAGUCACUACAGCGUACCAUGGUUGCGGCUCGGCGGCCAUGUUACCAAGGGAAAAGGGAGGAGUGGUGGAUCCAAAACUUAUCGUGUAUAGGACGGAGAAUAUCCGCAUCGUUGAUGCUAAUAUCUUCCCGCUUAUCCCCCGCGGCAACAUCUUGUCUUCAGUUUAUGCCGUUGCCGAGAAGGCGGCUGAUAUUAUUAAGGGUUAUUGAUGGAAAACGUGUGUACUAGUACUUGCGAACGAUGUUUACAUCCGUAGCGCAUGAAUAUAUGGUAAAUACACUAAAAGCUAUCACCAUGAAGAGCUUGACCCUAACUCCCUUGCCUUUCACCUUGCUCCUCUUUCUCUUUUGCCUCCUCCUUCAGCUCUUCAUUAUAUUCAAGGACACUUUCGAUUUUUGGUUGGAAGAUGCGUAAGAGAUUUAAUGCAGUAUGGACAUCAUACCAUGCCCCCUCGUUAGUAUUGACGAGCCUGACCCUGGCGUCAUUAAGUUGGCGUAUUGCGUACGGUAUCCAGUUGAGAGCUGUGAUAAGCGUACUUUCCGCAUCGUCAGACAGAAUCUCCCAAGGUUCAAGAUCAUUGACAUAGUCGGAAAGAUUGAACAGUUCCUCUAGAAUCUUUGCUGCGUCAUCAUCAUCCUGGACGCUGAAAUCGGGAAAUUCCGGCUUCGUCAUGUUGAGAAGUACGUCAAGGCAUAAUACUUCGUUACUCGCUAUUUUCCCGUAUUGCUGUGAAGAAUUGAAUGUGUGCCGUUGGGCGUAAUAGGCCCAUGAAGAAAGGUUUAUGCCUUGAAACCUUUAUAUAUGCGGGAAUGGUUUAUGUAUCAUCCAUAUCGUACAUGAUGCUCGAGCUUUAAAAAGUUGGUUGGUUAAUUAAUUGGUUAAUAUAUUUAACGCCAAGGCAAAAGGGAAAAACUAGCCCUUGCAAACUUUUUUAAAAAUAUGUAAC